UUGAUGUUAAAAGAUGAUAUCUUGAACUAAAGAUACAAAAAAAUAAAAAAAUUAAAUCCAAUUAAUUAAUUAUAAUCGAAUUAUGCAAUGGACCAUAGAUAAUGCCCUUUACAAAUAUAUUAUAUCAAUCAGAUGAUACGAUUAUAUAGAUCAACUUCUACCUCGUAAAUAGAAAGUAAUGUCGAGUUUAGCGAGAAGACGGAAGACCUCGGUUCUGGGAUCGAAAAGAUGGUGGCAGGGUGGCUGCUGGGCGACCAGGAGCCACCAGGAAGCUUAUCUCCGUAAACUUUACGCCAGGAAGAACGAUCAAGUUAACAAAAUAGAUGAUGAAUCCGCCAUUCGAAGAGACCUAUCUACCAAUUGGACGUCUGGCGCUGUGUAUGAGUUGCCCUCUACCGACGAACAUUAUCUAGAUGCCUUUUUGAGAAAUCGUGAAGAUGGAAACGAGGAAGAUGAUGUGGUUGGAGUUGUCGUCGGUUGUCCAGCUUUGGCUGCGGCUAGAACUAGUCCCACGGAGAAGUGCGUGGAAUACUUGAACAAUGCUCAUGACGUCGCGGCGUUUGAAAACGAACGCAGAAUUACGGGAGAGCCAAUGGUAGCCGAUUGCGGUUCUGUGCAUUCGGGUUACGAUGUCGCUGUUUCUGCAGAAAAGGUGUGCAGAAGCUGCAGGUGUCCCAGGGAGGAACAUCAGCGGACUUCGACGGAGGCGGGUGGUCCCUCGGGACUCGGCCUCGGUCCUGGUCCGCCGAUGGCCAUGGCCAUGGCUUUCCAAAGUGGGGCCGCCGGUUCUUCUCAUCAGGAACCCUUCAAAAGUCCUGUGCAACCGGCUCCGCCGGGCCUCGCCCUUCAGGAGGCCCUGAUGCAUCAUCAGAGGCAUUCUCAGAGCGACGAUGACAGCGGAUGCGCCCUCGAAGAGUACACGUGGGUCCCGCCAGGUCUCAGGCCAGAUCAAGUACACCUGUACUUCAGUGCACUACCGGAAGACAAGAUCCCGUACGCGGGCAGCGCCGGCGAGCGGGAACGGGUGAAGCAACUGCUGCAACAACUCCCACCGCACGACAACGAGGCACGGUACUGCAGCGGGCUGACCGAGGAGGAGAAGCGGGAGCUUAGGGUGUUCGCCGCACAGCGGAAACGUGAAGCGCUUGGGCGAGGACACGCGAGCCAGCUGGACAGGCCCCACGGCGCCGGAUGCCGCGAAUGUAGCAGGCCGAUUGCGGCCGGCGAGAUGGCAGUGGCUGCGAGCCGCGCCGGUCCAUCCGCCCUCUGGCAUCCGGCCUGCUUCGUCUGUUGCGUAUGCAGGCAGCUGCUCGUCGACCUGAUAUACUUCUGGAAGGAUGGCAAGCUGUACUGUGGCAGGCAUCAUGCGGAAACGUUGAAGCCGAGAUGCUGUGCUUGUGACGAGAUCAUACUUGCCGACGAAUGCACAGAGGCGGAGGGGAGGGCGUGGCAUAUGAGGCACUUCGCGUGCCUUGAGUGCGAUCGGCAGCUUGGGGGUCAAAGGUACGUGAUGAGAGAAGGCAGACCUUACUGUCUCCGAUGUUUUGAUGCCUCCUUCGCCGAGUAUUGCGACAGUUGUGGCGAACCAAUUGGUGUCGAUCAAGGCCAAAUGUCACACGAGGGUCAACAUUGGCACGCAACCGAGGCUUGCUUUUGUUGCGCCACUUGUCGCACAUCCCUUCUUGGACGACCAUUUCUUCCACGGAGAGGUGCCAUUUAUUGCAGUAUUGCCUGUAGCAAGGGGGAACUACCAACGACGCCAAGUGACUCUUCUGCUGGACCACCACCACCACCACCUUCCUUCCUUAGAACUGGCCGGAGACCACCACCUCCAAGCGAAGGUUCCUCAAGUCCACCACCCCCACCGCCACCUCCACCACCACCUGGAUCCAGACAUACACUCUGUUCACCACGUAGUUCACCUCGGAUGAAUAGAAAACAUCAUCAGACAUCUGCUUCUCUAGCGACAACACCUACGCAAAGCACUUUAAGCCCUGAAUUUCCGGUUGAAACGUUUCCUUCGAGCAGUUCCAGAUCAAAUGGUCUUGAUCGUGUAUUACUCGAGAGGAAUCUCGAAAGACUUCUUCAGGAACGUAGUUCUCAUCCAGAAGAAAAUCGUAAUGAAUUGGGAAGGUUAAUGCAAGCGAGAGAUCGUGAGCCAUUAAGAUGCAUUCAGAAUUGCGCUCCUUCCCACGCGUCAAGCAUGCCAGAGCUACCACCACCUCCCCGACCAUCAUCUGGAGCAUCAGCAUCGGCAUCAACGUCUACAUCGACCGGUGUUGUCGCGACCACGAUAUCCGGGGUUGUGCUAGAAUCGGCGACGUCGCCUACGACCCUCAUUGUCGGUCAAACCGACCCUCCGACACCAACAUCGCGGCGCGUGCGGUUUCAGGGCGAUUUAGACAUGAACGAUCACGCAGCGGGUUCCUCCCGUAUCCCCCUGUCACCUGAUAAUGAUAGGAAUUCAUCAUCUUCGCCCUCUCCUCCGCUUACAUCGCUAUCGAGAACAAACGUGUCUCGAUCGAGAAGCUUACAAUCGGAGGAAGUAGCUGACACAUCCGCUUGGGGUAUUGCUGGAAAUUCAAAAUCGAGGAUAGACGGCGAUGAAGAAGACAUUGAAUCCUGUUGUUCCACCUGUAGCUCGUCAAGUAGUUCUGACGAAGCUGCAGCUUAUGCUUUACCUCCAAGAAGAGCAUAUGGCGGUGUUAGAAUCUCUUACGUGCCCAAUGAUGCAGUGGCAUGUGCAAGGAAACGUACACCAACAUCCUCGACGUCGAAUCAAACGCAGAGAGAUACAGAUAAAUGCAUCGUGUCCUGAUGAUAUCCUCGAGAGUGUAGAAUUGUUUUUAUAUCAAUGUAUUGUCUCGAGGGAAAUUUUUGUUUCGCAAUUAUGUGACGUGAGGAAUAGGUUUGUGCAAAUCUCGAAUCGAUGAACAAAGCGAAACAUGGACGAACACAAAUAAAAACAAGAGUUCCUAAAAUCGAUGUAAAACCGAGGUUUGCGAAAUUUUCCAUAGUCGAGACUCGACUUUGAGUGCAAACUAAAUUCCAGAGAGGAUUUUUAAUAUAUUCCUCGUGUACAUAGUAAAACGUGUAAAACGUACUUCCGAUACGAUCACUCGUGAAUACCAAACAAUCGCGAAGAUCGCGCUUCUCCUUCUAUUUUUAUUACCAUUGAAUGUAUUUUAUAAUUACGAUGACGAUAAUAUUAUAUUUUAUUACCAUUGCCAUUCCCAAUAAAUAACAUUUUUAACAAGUGCCGUGUUCUUCUACGAGAUUCGAUUGUUCUGUAACUUUUUCAGACAACGAUCUGUAAUAAGAGCAUUGGUCACAAAGACUCUACUCCACAUGAAGCAAUUACAAGUAUUUAACCGUGAUGCAAUUGCAUGACGUUAUGCUAUAAGUACAAAUGAAGCGUUCGGAUCGAGAUGUAGACAAUCUGAAAAGUAUUCGCAAAAUAAAUUGAAACGAA